AUGCGCUUCAGCAUCGUUGCCAUUGUCGCAUUUGUGGCCAGCUCUACCGCGUUGGACUUUGACGGUCCCGUGUGGAAUGCUGUAAACUUCGCCACUGAUCAGCAAUUCGGCUUCUCGUAUGCACUUUCAUUUUCACCUUGGACCAUCUGCAAGCACGAAAGACUCCUGGUAAAGAAGCAAGUGCUGAUUGAGUAUUUGUUGCAUAGAACUGUCAACACUGAUCCCGCGAGGUUCUAUCUUUACCUCAAAAACCCCGAUUCAUCCAUAUGCCGGGAGGUUGGUGAGAACAACGCAGUGGACACCAGCCAGCCUGGCUCUCAUACCCACACAAUCGUCCGGAACACUGUUCAAGGAGGCCAUAUAGCCGCUGGAAAUACUGACGGACCGUUCCACUUGUACAGCGAGAACUUCCAGCUUGUCUUUUCCCCAAAUACAAUCAGCAACGGAGGCGGGUGUAGCCAGCCUGGCUCCACGCCAAAUCAUACCCCCAAUUAUUACUCUGACCCGUUCUCGAUCGUCGAUUACCAAUAA